AUGAAAUGGUCGACAGAUUCUAUUGGUGGUUCUUAUAUGGUAUCAGCUAUACAAUCAAUUGAAAGACAAUUUCAAAUUCCAUCAAAAUUAUCCGGGUUUCUUGUUUCAGCAUCUGAUAUUGGUUAUGUACCAACAGUUAUUUUUAUUUCUUAUUUUGGAUCUCGUGGAAAUAGAGCUAAAUGGAUUGGUGCUGGAACAAUUGUUAUUGCUUUAGCACAUAUUUGGAUUGCUAUGCCAAAUUUUAUAUUUCCUGUACCAAAACAUAAAUUAAAUUUAACAGAAAUUGAAUUGCAAUUAAAACCUAGUCAAAAAUUACUUUCAUCUAAUGUUAUAAUAGAAGAUUUUUUAAAUUAUUUACCUAUUAAAGAAAGAUUACCUGAAGGAAUGAAAAAUUUAAUAUUAGAAAAAAUUAAAACUGAAACAGAUAAUAUUAAUGAUAAUAAUAAUAAUAUUAAUGAUGAUGAUGAUGAUGAAGAGCCAAGUGUAUAUUCUGUAGAUAAAAAAUUGAUGGAUGAAAUUUAUUUUAAAUUUUCUACAUGGUUAAGCGGUCAUACAACAGAUAAAUCUUUAUUACAAUCAUUACAACAAUAUACAUCAAAUCGACAAACAAAUACAAAAGAUGAUAUAAGUAAAUUACGUAAAGCUGCAACUGCACCAUUUGCAUUUUGUGGUAAAGUUGUUAAUAAUCUUCGUGAUGUUGUUUAUCAAUUUAAAUGCCAAAAUAAAGAUUCUAAUUUUGGUGCACUUAGUAUUAUGUUUUUUUCACUUCUUGCAUUAGGUAUUGGAAGAACAAUGCCUUGGUGUCUUGGUAUUCCACUUAUUGAUGAUAAUGUAAAAAGGAAAUCAAUGCCAGUUUAUUUUGCUGGAAUUUCAUUUAUUAGAAUUUUAGGACCUAUAUGUGGUUUUUUAAUUGGUAGUGCAUGCAAUAGAAUUUAUUAUACAUUUACUUCACCACCACCAGGAUUAACAGCAAAAGAUCCAACAUGGAUUGGAGCAUGGUGGCUUGGUUUUUUAAUAAUUGGUAUUGUAGCAAUUUUUCCCUCUUUAAUUUUAUUUUUCUUUCCAAAUGGUAAAAAUUCUACUUUUACUGAAGUUGCAGAGACAGAUGAGGAAGUAAAUGUUAAACAAAAGAAACCAAGAGAAUUAACUUUGUUUGAUAAACAUAAAGUUGAAAAAACAAUUUCACAUGAUGAUAAAACAACAACUGAAAGAAUAAAAGACUUUUUAGGAUCAUAUAAAGAAGUUUUAAAUUCUAAAGUUUACUUGGGUUCUGUUGCUGGAAGAGUUUGUGAUAUUCUUGCUUUUAAAGGAUAUAUGGUAUUUUUACCUAAAUAUUUAGAAAAUCAUUAUGGAAUUCCACAAUACCAAGUUCAUCAGUAUAUGGCAGCUUUUGGUGUAUUCGGGUUUGCAUUAGGGACUAUAACUGGUGGAUUUAUAACAAGAAAAUUUAAAUUAACAGGUCGUCAAGCUGCAAUAAUGGUAUUUGUAAUAUCAAUUAUAAACUGUUCAUUAUUUUUUGGAAAAGCAUUUUUGGGAUGUCAUUCUGUUGUUAAUUCAGUUGGUAGAAAUGGAAUGGUAACAAAUUUUAACUAUACAAAAAGUUGUAAUGCUGAUUGUGGUUGUGAAUCUGCAACAAUUUUUCCUGUUUGUGAUUCAAAUGGAAAUGCUUUUUAUUCUCCUUGUCAUGCUGGAUGCAGGUACGUAAAUGUAAUUGAUCAAAAGACUUAUCAACUUGAAUUUACACAAUGUGAAUGUGCUCAAAAUGAUGUUGUUAAAAAAGAAUAUUGUAAGGAUGAUUGUAAAAGUAUGGUAAUAUUAUUUUUUGCAACUGUUAUUGCUGGUGCUUAUGUUGCUGGAUCUGGUGUAGUACCAGGAAUGUUAUUGUUGUUAAGAUCUGUUCCACCGGCAACACGAAGUAUUUCAUUAGGACUACAAGGUUUUCUUGUUUCUUUAAUUGGAACAUUACCAUCACCUAUAUUAUGGGGAAUGAUAAUUGAUAGUACAUGUUUAGUUUGGGAGAAGACAUGUAAUAAUGAAUCAAAAGGGUCUUGUACUAUUUAUAAUCCAGAUCAAUUAAGAUGGAGAAUGCAUAUUUUAUAUUGUAUUAUUAGGAUAAUCUCGAUGACAACAGAUUUAUAUGUAAUUUAUCAUGCAGGAGAUAUGUCAAUUAUGGAUGAAGAAAAGAGUAAAGAUGAUAAAAGUUAUGAUGAUGAUGAAAAACAAAUUCAUGAAAUGAAAGAUAUGACAUUAAAUAUUCUUCCACAACAACCUUUAGCAGAAUGA